UUUCCUUUAAAGACGUUAAAAAAUGGCAUCUGAUAGGGAAAUAGACUGGGGUGACACUGGAAAUGAAAGGAAUAAGAAAAUUGAGACUUUAUUAAAGAAUGUGCACGCUGGUCUCCCUGAUCCACUAACAGACCCUGUGAAACGAUCCCUGCUUAGAGGAGACUACCUGUACUUUCACUAUGGCUGUGAUGGACAAGAUGACAGAGGAUGGGGCUGUGGAUACCGAACCAUCCAGACCAUGGCUUCAUGGAUCUACUUUAAUAGCCCCCUGGUUAAAAAGCAGGAGACAGUCGCUCCAAGCCUCCCUCAGAUCCAGAAAGCCUUGGUGACCAUGGGGGACAAACCAGGCUCUUUCUUAGGCUCCAAGGACUGGAUAGGGACCUUUGAAGCCUCCUUGGUGCUGGACUUCUUCUAUGAUGUCCCCUGUAAGGUGGUGCACGUUAGAGGUGGAGGAGCAGAGCUGGAGCAGGUUGCAGUGGAGGAGCUCCAUCAGCACUUUGAGAAGCACUGUUCUCCAGUCAUGAUGGGAGGAGACAGGGACAAUUCCUCUAAGGGUAUAUUAGGGGUUUGUACCGGGGACAGGGGGAGCUACCUACUAGUGGUUGAUCCUCAUUACUAUGGGAGACAGCUGGAGGAGACAGAGCUGCAGAGGAGGGGCUGGGUGUCAUGGAAACGAGUCUCAUCACUGGACCAGUCCUCUUUUUAUAACCUCUGUCUGCCUCAGACAGCCACACAGAGAAAUUAACAGACGGAAUAUGUUAACGUUACCUCUAGUGCCAUCUAGUGGUUGAAGUGUGAAUUCAUCUGAUGUAAUUUUUGUCCAUGGUUCCAAUAAAUUGCUGUCAAAACAUUCA